ACUUAAUUAUUCCAUAGGACCUUAUUGGCUGAGAAUGUUUGCUUGAGUCAUGACUUUAUCACGAGGUGGUCUUAGCGGAGUGCAUAGUCGCAGAAUGUAGUAGACUAUGUACUGUGACAUAGGAGUUAACUAGCUGCUAUAGUCAACGUGUAGAGAUAAACAACCGGCAAAUAUUGGAAUAUCCAUAUGUUCAUUCCUUACAUGUUUGAAUAAAUACAGUCGUCCUUUCCAUUGUUCUUUUUCUUCUUGAUUUUUCAACAGAAGUUCUCUGGCUUUAAUAUAUGCGAUAAGCCCUUUAAUUUUCGCUCACUGACAUUGAAUAUAUUUAAUACAAUUGACCGUCGAUGGAUACAUAUUUAAUCACGCCGUUUAAGCACUUGCGAGCCAAAUUUUCUCGGUAGGCAUAGUUACACCUAGGUCAAUUCAUCUCAUUUGAUCCUCUCCAGUCUGAGGAACAACCACAAUGAAAACUAGAAUAAAUAAUUCGACAGUUCGCUCGUCCCCACGUAUUGAUGAUGGGUACGACCAUUUAAUGGACAUCCUCGCCGAGAUGCGCAGCCAAGGCGUCGCAGUUCCCCCUGUACUCCGUAAUCUUACGGUACAGUUGCUGAAAGAAGCUAAGGAGGCGCAGGAUGAGACUAAGCACCUCAUCAGUAAAUACACCCACCUACAAGCCGAACACACGCAACUGGCGCUAGAAUUCAACCACUACUGCGAGGACGAUAAUAAAGGAUGGCAAGAUAAAUCCAAGGAAUCGCUGUGUGACGACAUGCGGCGAUCCGUUGAUGCAGCGAAUGCCUCCAGUCAUAAGUCCCGAGAGGAGACGAAGCGCAUGUUCACCGAGCACCUCGUCAUGACGAAUGAGUUAGCUACUCUGCGAGCGGAGGUAGCCCAGCUGAGGAAGGAGAACGAAGAGCUGAAGGAGAAGAAUAAUUGAGGGGUUACACGCCCUCUAGCCAUGGCGGACAUCGUUCCCCCGGAUGUGGGAAGCCAGCUCGACAGUGGUGGUGUGCUGACCAUCCAUUCCAGGGGUCUCGGAAGACGAUAUGCAGGGUUUUGGCCAAUUUUUAUUGUCGCAAGACUUCUUAAUACUGUAUAUUUACUCCUUCCGUGUUAGAAUACGUCUUUGAUUUCACAGCUACGCGUUACGGGUUUUUUCAUGGGAAUGAAUAACGACAGCUACCCCCAACUUUCGGACUUUUUGACUUAGUAAGGCAACUUGUGAUGUGAAAAGAGCAUAGAAUUCAGUCGGGAUUAAUUUACAGGCCUAUCGAGGUACGUACCUAAGGGACCUCUCAGAGUUAUGAA